GGAGAACGGCACUUCGAUCCUAAGUACUGCAGGACAGUCGAGGCACCGAAUUACAAUAUAUUGCUUCGCUAUUCAGUCAAAUGGAGAUGUGAAACCCGCAUAAAAUAAUUGCUUUUCUAUUGGAAGUGGGUUUCGAAGUAAUAAUUUUGCAUCUAAAAUGAAACUGUAUCAUUGUUGAAAUAAUGGACGAAGAGGCGGGUGAGUGUGAUCCGGAGGAGGUAAAAUGUCAUGUCAAUCAUGCACCUCAUCCACCUCCGAAACAAGAAAAGACAGAAAGGAAGGAAGGCCAGUUGCUGUUUGAAGAAAAAAAGUUUCUUUUGUCUGUAGAAAGAGGUGAUUUGGCUUCUGUCAGAAGAUAUCUAGAAUCUGCCAAAGAAAAAGGCCAAAUCAAUAUCAAUUGCGUGGAUCCCCUAGCAAGAUCCGCUCUGUUGAUGGCCAUUGAUAAUGAAAAUUUGGAAAUGGUAGAAUUAUUAAUAAAAUAUGGAGUAGAAACAAAAGAUGCAUUACUUCAUGCUAUUAGUGAAGAAUAUGUCGAAGCAGUCGAAGUAUUGUUGGAACAUGAAGAAGCUCAUCACGCUCCAGGGGAGCCACAUAGUUGGGAAGCUAUCGAUCAAGAUACUGCAACUUUUACACCCGAUGUAACUCCACUGAUACUGGCUGCUCAUCGUGAUAAUUACGAGAUCUUAAAGAUCUUACUGGAUAGAGGAUGGGAUAUACCGCUCCCUCAUGAAGUCCGGUGUGGUUGUAACGAAUGUGUGCGUUCUAGAUCUGAAGAUAGUCUACGACACUCCAGAUCUAGGAUUAACUCCUUCAGAGCACUGGCAUCUCCGUCCUUGAUAGCCUUGUCCAGCAAGGAUCCCAUUUUUACGGCCUUCGAAUUAAGUUGGGAAUUGAGGCGUCUUAGUUUUAUGGAACAUGAAUUUAAGAACGAAUAUCAAGAACUGAGAAGACGUUGUCAGAACUUUGCCACGGCUUUACUGGAUCAUACGAGGAGUUCUUAUGAGCUGGAAGUGUUAUUGAAUCAUGAUACAACCGGUCCUGCUUUCGAACAUGGUGAUCGUAUGCACUUGAAUCGUCUCAAACUGGCAAUUAAAUAUAAACAGAAAAAGUUUUGUGCCCAUCCAAACGUGCAGCAGCUCCUCGCCUCUAUUUGGUAUGAAGGGCUUCCUGGUUUUCGAAGGAAAAAUGUCGUGUUUCAGACUCUAGAGAUUUGUAGAAUAGGCAUUUUGUUUCCCGUCUAUUCAACAUGUUACAUCGUAGCACCUCAUUCGUCUUUAGGAAGAACCAUGAGGAAGCCUUUUAUCAAAUUUAUCUGUCACUCGGCCUCUUACGUCACAUUUUUAUUGUUGCUGAUUUUGGCAUCGCAAAGAAUCGAAACGGUGGUGGUGGAAUGGUUCGGAACGGAAGAGAUGAAGGCACGAGUCAAAGGAGACGUCACCACCAAAAGAGGAGCAACUCCUAGCAUCGUGGAACUGAUGAUUCUAGCAUGGGUAAUGGGUCUUAUAUGGAGUGAAAUAAAACAGCUUUGGGAACUCGGCCUAACAGAAUAUGUGAAUGACAUGUGGAAUAUCAUCGACUUCAUCACUAACUCUCUCUAUGUGGCAACAGUGGCCUUGAGAAUAGUGGCUUAUUUUCAAUCAAAUUUCGCAUCAAAUAAUCGUUUUAUUCUAAAGACUAAUAUAAUCAAGAGAACAUUUGCAUCAUUAAUUGUUCAAAAAGAAAUUUAUCAAAAUAGAGGGACAGCUUAUCUGCCAAGAGAAAAGUGGGAUGCUUGGGAUCCCAUGUUGAUUGCAGAAGGUCUGUUUGCGGCUGCAAAUAUUUUCAGUUCCCUAAAGCUGGUCUACAUUUUUUCUGUCAAUCCCCAUUUGGGACCAUUACAAAUAUCACUUGGUCGCAUGGUGAUCGAUAUAGUCAAGUUUUUCUUCGUCUACACCUUAGUCUUGUUUGCCUUCGCUUGUGGCAUGAAUCAACUGCUCUGGUAUUAUGCCGAGAUGGAGAAGAAGGUCUGCAUUUCGGGGAGAAAUCUCAACGAUACUAAAACCGAGCCCGGUGCUUGUCUUACGUGGAGAAGAUUUGCUAACCUGUUCGAAUCCUCUCAAACCUUAUUUUGGGCCAGCUUUGGUUUGAUAGAUCUGGAUAAUUUUGAACUUUCUGGUAUCCAAAGUUAUACUAGAUUCUGGGGCAUGUUAAUGUUUGGAUCGUAUUGUGUGAUUAAUGUUGUGGUGCUGCUCAAUCUGCUGAUUGCUAUGAUGAAUCACUCUUAUCAAAUGAUCUCUGAACAAACUGAUAUCGAGUGGAAGUUUGCCAGAAGUAAAUUAUGGAUGAGUUAUUUUGAAGACGGGGGAACUGUUCCUCCACCUUUCAAUAUCAUUCCAACUGUAAAAAGUUGUUAUUAUCUAAUGAGGUGGAUCAGUAAGAAACUAUGCGGACAGUCUAGAACUGCUAAAAAAGAACACUUGAAAACUAUUAGGAGAAAAGCCAAACAAGCAAGCGCUAGAGAUCAAAGAUAUCAAACAAUAAUGAGAAACCUAGUUAGACGAUACAUCACCAAAGAGCAAAGGAAAGCUGACAACCAAGGAGUUACAGAAGAUGAUGUUAAUGAAAUCAAACAAGAUAUUUCUUCUUUUCGAUACGAAUUAAUUGAAAUACUAAAAAACAGCGGAUUUAACACUUCUUCGGCCAGCGAUCCUUCUCAAGGAACUGGGGGAAAGAAAAAUCGGCAAAAAGAAAGACGAUUGAUGAAAGGAUUUAAUAUCGGAUUAGUAGAAGGAUCUGUGCAGACUGCGACUGAAUCUAAUAUUCCAGUGGAAUUAGCCGAAAAUGUUCGAAAAUCUCCCAUUAGCCGAUUUGCAAAAAUUGCUAGAUUGGCAAGUGGGAAAAGGAAAGCCAAAAAGGAAAAAUGGGCAAAUCUUGUUGAUGCAACGAAACAAGUUCGAGACGCUUUCAACAGAAGUAGAAGUAUGGAUUCAAUCAGCAGUCAAAUUAGCUCAGAACAAGCCAGUACUAAAGGAGAAACUUCUCCUAGUGAUUCAAGUUUGAGUGGUGUUGGUUCGUUAGGAGAAGAAACGAGCGAAGAAGAGUCGCCGAAAAGAGUCGACCAAGCAACUAAUACAGAAACUCCAGCCUUAAAAUGGUCGCGAAUUACUAGGAAACUAGGAAUGCUUACAUUUCAUCCAACUAAAUUUAAAGUGGUGCUUCACGAAAAGAACGAUAACACGCUGGAACCGCCUCCAUCAAAAUUAAUUAGUAAAAAAUCUAAAGCUAGAAGAACAGUUAGUGCGCCAUCGGCAUCUCUCCAUCCUCCUCAAAACAGUUUUAAUGCUCAGCAAAGAACUAAUAGAACUACAUCAACAUCUUUUAACUCGGUGAUUCCCGAAACGAAACGAUUGCCAACAAUCGAAUAUUCGCCGAGAAAUUCUUUAGCGCCAGAGAUGCCCAGUCCAGUUGAAAAUGCUCCAUGUUCAUCUCCACCACGAACACCUGUUUCAUGUUCCUCAUUUCCAGAUACUGGAAGAUUAGAAUCAUCCAAAGCAGAAUCGGACAUUAUCAAAAAUUCUGGAAUGCCCGCGUCGGAAGUAACAUCGUUGAAUCAAAGUUCUUCGUUGGAACCUUUAGUGAAUGGUAACGGAAAGUCUAAAGAGCGCUCUUUAGGCUUGAUAUCGACUUUAUAUGGUAUCGAACCAGUGAACAAAGAUAUGACAAUGGGUUGGUUAUAGAUUUAAUUAGGUGAAACAGUUUUUCUCGUAUCUUGGCACAGAAGUUAUUGCUGAUCAGAGCAAAUGGUCACCAAAAAUAUCAGAGAUCAGAGUGGAUAUUGUUUCACUAACAUCGACACAUAUAAGUGACCAUCCUUCUUGUGCCAAAAAUGCAGAAGUAGACUCUAACAAUCUAGUUUUCUACCUCUGACGAAGAAUCCAGUUCAAACAGAACAAAUUCUGCUCUACACUUCCAGAAAAUAAUGUUAAUGCAAAUACGAGCCGACCUUGUAACUACUGGUAGAAAAGUACAACGACUGUUGCUAGAUAUUUUCUAUAUAAAAAUUCAUUCUAUGUUCAUUCUAGGUACUCAGUUUAAAAUUCUCCCGAAUUUGCUAGCGCUGCUUUAGAUACUUGUUUUAAUAUACUCGUAACUGCGAAACGAGGAAACAUCUAACGAUAAUAAUUUAUUAGGGACUAAGAUAUUUGUAUCGAAAUUUCUCCACGAUUAAAUCAGCCAUUAAUUUCAAUUCAUUCCAUAUCAUCAACAAUUUUUAAUAAAAUAAUAAUUUAUUCAUUUGAAUUAUGGAAUAAAUAGGAUAUUCAAUUGAAGAAAGAUUCAUCUUUCUUACUCUGUAACUCAUAAUUCAGGGAAAUGAAGAAUUAACUUUCUAUUAUAGCUUUAUGAAUGUUGAAGUUUGCUUUUAAAAAUUUUUUUCCACAAAAAUUAUUCAUUCCUUCUGCGAAAAAUUACGGAUCAUGAGAUUUUUGUACUCGCUACGUAGAUUUAUAAAACGAAGAAAACAAAUCUAGAACUAAUAGAAAAGUACAAAUAGAUAUAUUCUGCACAAAAUUAGUCUUUCUGCAGAGCAGAAGUUACCAAUGCACAAUAAUUAAUAUAAUAGGCCCACCCUUAUAUUGUUUAUUUGAUGUAAACAUUUUCGUUAAGUGCCAAAAUUGUUUUAAAGAAACUUUCAUAAACCGAAAAUCAUUAAACGAUCCCGAUUUCGAACUCGAUCGCUAUUCAGUCAGUUUGAACAAGGAUUUUCCUUUGUAAAUAUAUGCUAUAUGAAAAUAAAAAUUAUUAUUGAUUUCUGUCAUUAUUUUAUUGUCAUUACAAACAAGCGCACAAAUGUUGGGACUAUUUUCCGGGUUUGAGCCCUCUCCUUAAUUUAAGAAAUAGAAAACACAGCUUGGAAAAUUUAUGUUUACUUAUAAACUGGUUAUCAGUACGUCAUUUUCUCCAGCCAAGUUAAUCGGAAAUAAUAAUGACAAUUUCUUAGAAU